GAGUCCUGAUUGGUCAAUGCGGCUGAGUCUGAUUGGUCAGUGCAGGUGAGUCCUGAUUGGUCAGUGUGGCUGAGUCUCCCGGAGAACGCUGUGGUCACACCCAUGACCAGUGGGGAGCACUUGGUCACAUUCCCCUUCACCUUUACUAAGGACGCAGAUGCCUUUGCGGGUAUUUCCCAAAGCAAGGGGAAGGAGGGUGGCCACCAGGGCUUCGUCACUGCUGGUCAUGACCCCUGUCCAGAGACCAACGCCAGGGGCCUCACUUCCAAGGAUAAGGGCUCCCUGGCCACCUCGUCCUUCCCUGAUGACAUCAGAGGCAGAGAUUCUUUCAUUGACGUCACCGAAGGCAGAGAGAAGGAAGAUGGCAGCCAGGGCCCUGCGGGCCACGAGUCCCGCCCGCCAGCCAGCGCCCACGGCCGCGUCUGCGUCAGCGGGGACUCCGUCACCAACCCCUUCUCAGUCCUGGACGUAAUUCGCAAGGGCCCCGACAACAUCGCCCACGGCCCCCAAAACGAUGGCUUGGUCACCCAUGGCUAUUACAGGAAGAGACGGCUGAGGUCCAGGCUUGGCAAGUUCAGCUGUGGUGGCCGCAGAGAAGCAGACCUCGGCUCCGGCCGCGCCUGCCGAAGGCCACAUGCCGAGCCCUAUGAAGACGUGUGGAUCUGGGUUUCCCUGACCCUCUGCAUCUUCUGGCUGCUGUGCAUGUGCAGACUGAACCCCGGCAUCUUCCCCCAGCAGGUGUGUCACCUCCAGCUGCGGCCUGCCCUCUGCCCCCAAGCAGGUGCCACUGAGCAAAGCCACCUCUGAGCGCCCCCACCCCUACAGGAAGCCCCAGCCCCAGCCCCCUCCUCCCACCUCUUGCCUUAUGGUGGUUUUGUGGGUGUCUGUUGUGAUUGUUCUUUGAGCUGCACGUGUGUGUUCCGAGAGCUUUUCUGUGUGUGUGUGUUUAACCCCAAUAAAACAGAACCAGGUGGUAGCUCUCCAUCUAA